CAGAGAGGGAGGGGGAAGGCUGGCUGAGACUGGGAGAGGGGUUACAGGAUAAUUGCAGGGUCCUCUCACUGCAGACCCCUCCCUGUGUGAGUAUUCUGCCAGCAGCCUAGAGUGAACCCAGCACAUGCCCCCUCAGUCAGUGCCAGCCCAGGGACAGUCCAGCCGGCAUUUAAAGUGACCAUGUCAGGAAGGAGGAAGGUGAGAGCCAGCUCUGCGCUGGGCAGACUGGAGACAUACAAUGUGCCCAGUCUUUUUAGUGAACUAAGACAAACAACAGUAAAAACUCAGCCAAUCCAUCAACGAGCAAAAACAGCAGGGGGAGCCCCUAGGGUCCGGACACAAUCUAAUACUAUUUUCUUUGAAGAAUCUGAAGAAGAAGAAGAAGACCAAAUCCCUCCAGAAUGGCUGGAGAAGGAGCUAAUCAGGAGACAGCAGAGAAGACAUUCUUUAGGGCUAGUAGAGAAUUUAACAGAAAAUCUACAAAACAACUCAGAUCCAACCAGAAACCUCAGAAAAGAGAAGAUUGAACAGCAAGUGACACUGGAGCAGCUGUGUAAAUUAAAGAAAGCAUUCGAGGAACUUGAAAAGAACGGGCAAAAAUCACUAGAUUUAGAUAAAUUCAAAUGGAUUAUGAAGAAAAGUACAGGAUUACGAGGCAUUAGUGAUGAACUGAUUGAAAAAUUCUUUAUGAAAAUAGAUUUUACAGCAAAGGGUAAAAUUCAGUGGGAAGAAUUUUGCACAUUUAUGCAGCUGGACUAUUCUGAACUGGAAAAAUUAAGCUUGAGACGUAAAAAGAUCAGUUUUAUUUUGCCAGCUACUAUCCAGGAGAUAAUUCACGGAGAUCCCAUUCUGCGUGUAUUUCCCAUGACCGACAACACCUUGAUAAUGGUCAGAGAAGAUGGUCAUAUCUACUUUUGGUCCACACAUCUUAAACUGAAGAGAGACAAGAUGAUAUUUGAAAAGAGUGCAAAAAAGAUGUCGAAGUGGGUGACUGACUUCACUGUCAUGCUGCAAUAUAACAAGCUGGUCUUGGGAACAGGGGACCGGGAGAUCCAGCUUUAUGAACUAUCAAACCUAGAACCGUACUGCCAAGUCACUGGACUGGAAACUAUGCCUUUAAGAUUAGACUACUGUGGAACAGACACUGACGAGUGCAUGAUUUUGUACGGUGAUGAUCAGGGAUGUGUGAAUAUUCUAUUUCUGAAAUCAGUGGGAGAAAUGCUAAGACUCUGGAAGAAGAUGCCACGAACAGACAGCGGCAUGCCAACAAUCAGUAUUGACAAGGCUGUUUUAUCACCUCAUGUAUCUUUUAUUCGCUGGAAAGUUCACAAUGAUUGGGUUACCCAGAUAAAGUACUAUGAAUCCAUUAAAUCUGUUGUUUCUGCCUCGAAUGAUGAAUCUACAGCUUUAGUAAUAGGUUGUACAGUUGGGACAACAAAUGUUGAACAGCAAAUGAAAGAUAUAAAAGAACAUGGGAAGGACACAAGGAGUCGACAAGCACUGGUUACACUUGGACCAGCGCAAAAGAGAUCCUCCGGAGAUCAGACUGUGUUCCGUGUCUACAAAGGAGUGAAAACAUUUGCCCUGUGUAAGAAGAACAGUCUUAUUGCAACUGGAGGAAUGGACCGGAUUAUUCGCAUGUGGAAUCUAUACGUACCAACACGUGCCAUUGGGAUGCUAAGAGGCCACACUGCUCCAAUUUUUUCCCUUGAAAUCUCUUCAGAAGACAACAAAAUAUUUUCUGUUGCCGUUGACACUACUAUAAAGAUUUGGGAUAUACAAAAUCAAACCUGUUUGUUCACUGCCUGUUCCAAAUCCAGCGGGAUUAGAGGAGAGCUUACUGCGUGUGUAUAUAUCCCCGACGUUAAAGCACUUUGUGUUACAACAGAUUCCAUCGCACUUCUUCAGCUCAAGCUAAAGUCACUCGCUCAGCCUCACUUGGACUUCACUCACAAGGAGCCGGUUUUGUGUUGCAAAUAUAACAAAGCCUUUAAACAGGUGAUCACCUGCUCAGAAGGAUCUGUGGUGAAAGUAUGGGACUUUGAGACAGGAAAACAAGUAUUUGAAUUUAAUGAAGCUCAUGGCGAUGCAGGCAUAACAUGUAUGGACUUUGACCCUAGUGGAAGAAGGUUAAUUACUGGAGGAAGAGAUGGCUGUUUGAAGAUUUGGAAUCACAAUAAUGGACAGUGUUUACACACACUGAGAAGAGCAAAUACAUCUGCUGAGAUCUGUGACUGCGCACAUGUCGAGAUAAACAGAAACAAAUAUAUUGUUGGUGUUGGAUGGGAUAGAAGAAUCAACAUGUUCAUUGACUCUGAAGAUGAUUUACGUCACUUCCAGGAACCCCAGGCAUGCUGGCAGGAUGAUUUAAAGCGAGGUCAUCGUGAAGACAUUUUGUGUGUUGCCCAAAAUCCACCCAAUACCCUUGCCAGCUCCAGUUAUGAUGGUGAAAUUAUUGUAUGGAACAUGAUUUCAGGUCACAUACACUGCCGUAUUAAUACUCCUGCACAUAUUAGUUCCACAGGAGAAAAUUGUACAGACAGAAGUGUUAGCCAGAUUCUUUUUUUGAAAAAGAGAACAUUGAAAUUACUGUCAGCAUCCCUGGUCUCCAACGGAAUUCAAGGCACUGUCAAUUUUUGGAAUUUGCUGCAUGGUGGGAAGCUGGCUGCAAGUUUUACCGCAUCACAAACAGGAUCCCUGGUCAGCUGCAUCGCUGUAAAUGAAGAAAACACACUGAUGUUUAUUGCGGACGAUACAGGUCAUGUGUACGCCUAUGACAUAACAGACUAUGGAAUGCAUGGAACUGAAAAGGAGCCCGCAACAAUGGUGAAUGACUGGCGUGCUCAUGUGGACAUGAUUACACACUUGGAAGUAAUUGAUGAACACAAAGUCAUUUUGACGUCAUCUUUGGAUUGUGCUGUGCGCCUCUGGAGCUUAAAUGGAGAAUUUAUUGGAACGUUUGGCCAGGUAGACCCAUGGGAGGUUUUUACCCCAGCCUCUUGGAAACAUCCUAUGGUGCCAUAUGAGAUACUUAUUGAUCCAGAAAGCAUGCCUGUCCAUCCCAUUCUAGAGGAAGAAGCAGACCUUUCAGAAACAAAUUCUUCUGAAGUAAAAGAGGAACCUGAAGAUACUUCAGAUGCAAAGAAUGAAGUAAACAAUAAUACAAAAGCCUUAGUGCUCAGACUUACAGAAGAAGAUAUCAAAGAAGAAAUCAAAAAGAAGGAAUUGUCACAUGUCCUCGGAAAAAGGUUACGUCACGAGAAAAACAAGAUCUUACAUAAACCUUUGAAUCAUGGUGGGCCAACAGCGUUUCACACACUAAAGUACUUUGAGCUAGAGAAUGGCUCUAUAUCCUUUGAAAAGCCGGAUAUUUCUGUUGCUGGUGUCGAUCCUUCACUGAGCUAUAUGUUCUCUUGAUAAAAGAAAGAAAACCGAAGCAGGG